AUGGCCAGCUUGAAGACAUCAGAGGAAGACCAUCAUCUCUAUCCGGGUAGGGUCCGCCCAUUAAUUGGUGUUUGGAGACAUAGAUCCUUGUUCCCCCUAUCGACUGAUUCUAAGGUGACCUACAUUGUAAUUUCACUGGAUUGCCCACCUCCGCGCAUUUUAGCCGCUCAACUCUUGAAACCCCACGACAGAAAAACAAGAUUUGUUAAUGCAAAAUUAUUUGCUAACACGCCAGUGAUCGUAGAUCUACCCGUCUCUUUGCAAGCUCAAUUGAUGGCGAACACAUCGCGAUUAUAUUUAACUUGCAUUCGGAACACUCUUGAAGCUGCAAUGUGCCUGCAGAAUUUUCCUUGUCAAGAAGUUGAAAGGCACAACAAACCGGAAGUAGAACUUAAGACCAGUCCAGAACUUCUACUUAAUUCUGUGUUGAUCUAUAUGAAUGAGGCUGAGAAAUGUUUGAUAGAAUCAUCCAUAAAUUCUCUGCGGAUAAGUCUUAAGGUAAAGCAGGCAGAUGAACUUGAAAACAUACUGACGAAAAAGUUCCUUAGAUUUUUAUCAAUGAGAGCAGAAGCGUUUCAAGUGUUGAGGAGAAAGCCAGUACAGGGUUAUGACAUCAGUUUUCUUAUAACUAAUUCUCACUGUGAAGAGAUGCAGAAGCAGAAACUUAUAGAUUUUAUUGUGCAGUUCAUGGAGGAUAUCGAUAAAGAAAUAAGCGAAUUAAAAUUAUCCGUGAACACACGAGGGAGGCUUGUUGCGACGGAGUUUCUGAAGCAAUUCAUUUGA